AUGUUGCUCAGAGCACAAAAGGUGAUAUUAACAAUCCGAAUGAGCAGCAGCAGAAACAAUAACAACGACUACCGUCGCAACGACCGCGAGUGGAGAAAUGACGGUGAUUGGAAUCGUAGAAGCUACGAAAACAGUCGUAGAUAUCGUGAAGACGACAACUACAGACGUGACGAUGCUAACUUCCGAGGAGGAUACGAAGGCAACCGUGGCAAUGGCCACUACGAAGGAAACAAUCAGAGACGAGGAGGCAGUGGCGGUGGCGGUGGCUACCAAGGCAACCCGGACAACUACAGAGGCGACGAUCGCAGAGGAUAUGAAGAUCGUGGAGGCAGAAGAGACUACGGAGACAAUUUUUACAAUCAAAUGGGACGCAUGAGCCUUGAUGGCAGAGGUGGAGAUCGUGGUGGAGAUGGCAAUUUGUAUGCUCAACAACGCAGCGGACCACGUCACACAGUUUCACGUCGUUCAGAAGCUGGAAUGGAGAACCCUGGUGAGUUUGCCGGAUCUGCGGACUACCCGAACAUGCCGGUGGCUAAGAAAGAUUUAGCUCAUAACUCGCAAGUGUUCGCCAAGCGCCCGCCCACAUCUGUCUAUGACAACCCACGAUGUGGAACAAAGCUCGAGCUCCUCACGAACCACUGUUUGGUCCACCUCCCAGAAAAGCCAGUUAUACUUUAUGAGUAUAACAUCGACCUUUACAAAGGAAGAAAAAAGGUGGAGAAACGAGAAGAGACAGGACCACUCUUUCGGGAGAUUAUGGACGCGGUACAUAGAAACGAAUUUCCACCAGCUCAUCAAUACGUCUUCAACGAUGUCAAUCUACUCUGGUCAGAUAUCCAGCUCCCAUUUCCUGAGAAACUCGUCAGGGGAAGGAACGGACAACAGUUCUACUACAAAUUCACCCGUGCAGUCGAGCUAGGACGAGAAGUUCACACCCAAGAUAGUCAGCUGUUGUCGACGUUGGUUGAUGCCAUUGCCACAGCUCGGGUCAGAUGGCCAAGACGUGUGGGGAACCAGUUCACUGUCUUCAAACGUUCGAUCUUCUUGCUCCAAAACCGCGUUGACGAGGGAGCAUUCGGCGACGCACCAGUCUUCGUGAAGCUUUGCAAUGGAGUCGACGCGCGUAUUGGAGUCUCCAUGAGUGUCAAACUUAAUCUUCGAGUUGGAAUCACAGCUUGUUUCGAUGUGUCCCACACGAUGUUCACCCGUCCCGGCUACCCAUUAGUCCGUUUGUUUUGGGAGCUCAUCCAUGGAGACACCAUUCCUGAUGAGGAUAUUGUCGACGGAAAGUGGGACGCUGAAAUGAAGAAUGCCCGCGUCACGGAGAAAAAUGUGGCCUUGAUGUCCCAGUUCGGACCCGAUUCUUUCUACGAAUUCGUUAAUGAGAAUAAUGAGACGCUAUCGAUCAUUGACCACUACAGAGGCAAAUACGGCUACAACAUCCGUUACCCGCAUCUCCCGUGUCUUCGAAAGAAACCACCAAGUAGGGAUCGAAACAGAAUGUUUUUGUUUCCAUUGGAAGUGUGCAGUUUGCUCAUUGAUCCUGUCAGAUUCACUGGCUACGUCAGCCAACAGCUCAAGGAACAGAUGAUCCAAUACACUACCCUUACUGCCGAGCAGCAUCGGUAUAUGAGAAGUCACGGGAUCGAGAUGGAGAAAAAAAUGUUGUCCGUAAAGGCGAGUCUCCUACCACCUCCUCGAGUCGUCUACGGAAACUCGGACUUCUUGGAUUCCGAUCAUCUCGGAGAAUGGAAAGCUGUCACCCAUGAACCAGUCAGAACAGUUCUCGAGGAAGCGAUCUACAAGAGGAACCGAGAUGCCAAGGCUCCAAAACUCAAGAAGCGGCUCCUGGGAUCGAUUCUGAGAGUUGGAUCUCCAAUGAACGAUACGGUGGCUUUCGAAAUCGACGAUACAUGUUAUCAUAAUCUCAUGAGAGCCAUCGAGGAGGCAGGACAGCCCGUAUGCUGGGCCAAUCGUGAGAUGGGUCAAGCCGUGAUCCAUUCCAGCACCGAGUAUCUGCAAGGGCGGGAUUUGCCAGGUGUCACAAUGGACUGGAUGACCAGCUUGAGUCAAGAUUUGGAUUCGUACAAAGAGGCUGAGGACGAGGUUAUUGUGCCCAUCGUCUUGAUGAUUUUCCAAAUCAGGUUCACCACAUUGAAUUGCGAGCGUCCGGACUUCCAGAAUGACUACAACCUAUUCAAAUGGAUGUCCGAUAAUGAGGUUGGAGUUUUCACCCAAGGAAUUUUGUAUAAGACGUUCAACUCGAUCGGACUUUCACCAGCCCCAUGCAAAUACACUUCUCAACUCGUGGAGAAGAUUCUCGGCAAAGUGGGAACAACUCAUCGUCGUCUGGAGAGAGACGGAGAACACAAGUCCUGGAAGAAGUUGGUCAAUCCAGCCGAACCAACUCUUCUUCUCGGCGUCGACGUCUCGCAUCCAAGCACCCGAGAUCUCAAGGGAGAGGAUCCAGUGAAGCGUCUCUCCGUGGCUACAGUCGUUGGAAAUAUCGAUUUCGAUUGCACCGAAUUCCGUGCGUCGUCAAAGAUUCAAGAUGUUGGUGAGGAGAGAAUUGUCCGAUUUGAUGAACAAAUCCAUGAGCGAAUUGGAGAGUUUGUCCAGUUCAACGGAGUUCGUCCAGCUCAUAUUGCGAUCUAUCGAGAUGGUUUUUCGGAGUCAGACUUCCAGAGAACACUCUAUGAGGAGAAGAAAAGUGUAGAGAAUGCGUGUCGUGUAAUCGCUCCAGGAUACAAUCCGACACUAACCUACAUCGUCGUCACCAAACGCCAUCACACAAGAUUCUUCUUGAGAAAUGAGGAAGAAGGAUUGCCCGAGCAAGGAUUCAAUGUCCGUCCAGGAACCCUCGUGGAAGAUACUGUGACUACCAAGGACUACUAUGAUUUCUUCCUGACCACUCAGGUUGGGCAGGUUGGUCUGGCAAGACCGACUCAUUAUUACGUGCUUUGGGACACGUGGAAAGUUCCGGCGACGUUCUGGCCCACCAUCACUCACGCCUUGACGUACCUCUUCUGCCGGACAACAAACACUGUCAAUCUACCAUCGCCACUCUUGUACGCCCAUCUGGCAGCGAAAAGAGCCAAAGAGACCAUGGAUGGAGCACUCUAUGCUAAUGCGUAA